AUGUCUGAUAGAAAAGCUAUAAGAUUGUCUGGAGCCCUGUAUAAGAGAAAGCGGGAGGAAAAACAAAAUGAAUCCAACAAAAUGUUUGGUUCACUAAAAAAAUUUUUGGAGAAAUCUUCAGAAACGGGAAAUACUUGCAGUAGUCAAACAAGUUCAAUUAGUGAUUUAAAUAAAACUGAAAAUAAAUUAUCUACCGAUGGCGCAAAUGUUGAUGACAAUAUUGAUAGCAAUGAUGAAAUUAAAGAUAUAGCAGUAGCAAGUAUCGACGAUAUUAAUGAAAUUGAUGAAGCUUAUUCUGCGAUGUGUAUGGAACUGAAUGAUCCAGCAACCUGGCCUUUGGCACUUACCAAUAAAGUGCUAGAUAUUUUAAUCGAAAAGGGCCCUGUUCAAAAUGUACAAUCAGCAUAUGCAGAAAAUCAAUCAGGAAGAUCGUUUUCAAAUGUUUAUUUUUAUCGAAAAAUGUCUAAUGGUCAAAAGUUCAAUCGUGAGUGGUUAAUCUAUUCACCGAAAAAUGACAUCAUAUAUUGCGUUUGUUGUAAAUUAUUUAGCAAACAAGAAAUGAAAUUAGUAAACGAAGGCUUCAACGAUUGGCAACACACAUCAGAAAUACUACCUCGCCACGAAAAAACAUCUCAACAUAUCCAAAACUGCAGCUCGUGGAAAGAAUUGGAGUUAAAUUUAAAAAGGAAAACCACAAUUGAUAAGGAUAUGCAACGCUAUUAUAAUGCUGAGGAAAAACGAUGGUGUCAAAUUGCCACGCAAAUGAUAUCUGUGGUGCAAUUUUUAGCUGGACAGUGUUUAGCUUUUAGAAGAUCUUCGAACAAAUUGUACGAAAAAAAUAAUGCUUGGAAACGUCUUUCCCAAAGUUUAAAACUUUUACUGACAGUUCCUGUAUCUGUUGCAUGUGGAGAAAGAAGUUUUACAAAACUAAAAAUAAUUAAAAAUUACCCGAGAACAUCAAUGUCUCAAGAACGUCUUAGUAAUUUGUCAAUAAUAGCGAUAGAAAAUGAAAUUGCUGAUCAUUUUAGUAUUCAGGAGGCGAUUGAAGACUUUGCUUCAAAAACAUCGCGCCGAGUAAACUUUAAAUGA